AUAAAGACAUCGUUCUGUACGCAAAUAUGGAUACAUAAGGAAAAUAAUUAUUAAAACAAAUUGAUAAAGAAGGAAAGAAAUGAAAUUAACGGGAUUUAAAAAUUCCUUAAUUACUGUUAAAUGAAUAUCAACUCUAUAAUAGUCAACAUAUGAGAAUCUCUCACGUUUGCAGAAUGAGCGAAAAGUAACAGGAAACAUGAUUUUCGAAUCUUUAAGAUAGUAACAACUUUCAUUUGCCUGGGAAAUUUCCCAAAUUGGACAUAAUAUAAAAGGAAGUUCGUCGGUAGAACAUUUUUAAGAAGCAUUUAACGCAAAAUGGAGUGUAAUAUUGAUGAUUUGCCAGAUGUUGUAUUAGAAUAUAUUUUAAGUUUAAUUCCACCAUACAAGAAUCUUCAACAAUGUAAACUUGUGUCCAAAAGAUGGUUUCGUGCCACCAAAAAUGUAAUACAACACAAUAAAACACACUUUCAUAAAUCUGUGACUUACGGAUCAUUGCUUUGGAGUUCAUGGCCAUCUAAACACUGGAUGCCUACAAUUGCAAAGAGACAUUCACAUUCUGCUUGUACAUAUGAAAACUCUAUGUAUGUUUUUGGUGGAUGUACUGCUACGUGCACAACAUUCAAUGAUUUAUGGAGAUUAGAUUUGGAUACAAGGAAAUGGGUCAGAUUAAUUACAAUGGGAACUUAUCCAUCUCCAAAAGCUUGUGCUACUAUGUUGUAUUACAAAAAGAGUUUCAUUUUAUUUGGUGGCUGGUCCCACCCAGCGCUAUAUUCUGUUCACCAGCAAUCAAGGUUGUUCAAUGAAUUACAUGUGUAUUCUAUAGAAUCCAAUAAAUGGAUUGCUAUAAACACCUUGGAAACACCUCCACCUACUUCAGCACAUUCUGCAUCAAUUCACAAAAAUUGUAUGAUUGUUUUUGGUGGUAUAUGUAAUGGAUAUAGAUCCAAUGACGUGUGGUGUUUAAAUUUGGAUUCCUAUAGUUGGCAUAAGCAAGCUACUUCGAAUUUGAAACCACAACCACGUUAUGGUCAGUCUCAGAUUGAGCUUGGAGAUAAACAUCUCCUUAUAUUAGGAGGUUGCACUGGACCUAAUGUUGCUAUGAAUGAUGCUUGGUUAUUGAAAAUGGAAGGUACAGCAUGGACGUGGAAAAAAGUGAACAUGCACAAUACUGAAUGGGCUCCAACACGUAUUUGGUGCCACCAGGCUUGUAAGGUAGGAAAUCAUGUUAUUGUUCUUAGUAUAAAUAAGUGUCAGAAUAAGCCAAACGAUAUGAGUAUAUCGCUCAAGAAAGUGACUUGCCAAGCAACACCUUCAUCAAGAAUAAAUAAUUCAUCUCCAUUACAUGCAAGACAAGGGAGUGUAUCUCAUAUUGAUAGAGACGUAAACAUUAAUGGACGACAUGGAUCUUUCUCAGAAAUAUCUGUACAAAAUCCACGUCCUUCGCAUCAUCUACCUAAUUUUACGAAGAAUUUAACUUUAUGUUAUGAUAAUAUGUUAAGUAUGACCGCUUUUCGCAACGAACCAGUGCGUUAUGACAUUAACAGUCAUCGACAACGACAAUUAGAAUCUCUUCGUAGAAUGGAAGAAAGUAUUAGAAAUCGAAGAACGCAAUCAAAAUCUGCAAAGAAAACAAGAAAUACGUUAUCCAUAUUUGUGUUAGACAUUACGAAUGUUUUAUGCGAUGAAUGUAGUGCUUCGUGGAUUCCUUUAAAACACAGUGAUCAGUCAGGUCCUAAUGAAAGAAUUCUUUAUUCACUCGUAGCUGGUCGUGGUGAAUUAAUAGUGUUUGGAGGUAUUGCUAAAGAAUAUAUACAAAGCCAUCCUGAUAUGGAUGAGCCUGAAGUCUACAAUGAUCUCCAUUUUAUAAAUCCACCAAGAUAUGUUAUUUAAUAUUUUGUAGGAUAAUAAAUAAUACACUUUUAUGUUCGAUAAAAGAUAAUUUAAUUUUGUUAGCCUUGACUUUGAUCCUAUCAUGAAUUAUCAUCUACUAAAAAUUAGUUUAAAUGAUAUUAUUAAAAAAUUGUAAGAACAUUUUAUGAUGAAUAGUCUAAAAUACUGAUUUGUUUUCUGUGAAAGAGUUAUAUAGAAAAAUUAAUUUUUGUCGCUGAAAGUAAUAUUUUGUUAGCUGUAUCAACGAUGUAUUCCAAUUACAAAUCUUAUAUUUUA